CGCAAAACGGCGACACUUCGGAGUAGUUGUGUUCUCAUGGUGUGAUACUGCAUGCGACACCCUUACCCCCAGUCCGGAGAGAAGAGAGAACCGCUGUGUCCUCAUGGCGCACAUCAGCAUCGGCUGCCAGGUCUGCCUCGUCACACGUGAGUUGGGUGACUCGAGGGCGCAUGUCGACUCGAAUGGACAUAUACAGAAAAGUGCAACACUCUUCAACGAAGAUGUUAUCACGGGUCCAGGCAUCUUUCCAUUCAUUACGUUGUUCCGUUCGCAGCACAAUGAAGCACUCAGACAACCCAUCACAGGCUUGACUUUGUGUUUCAGUCGUCAGAUAUAUGGAUCCUUUUACUUGUGCCGAGUCUGUGAGGAAAACUGUCCACCAGAGUUGAUUUUAAAUCACCUCUCGAGUAUUGAUCAUUGCAGAAACUACUUUAGCCACACAAACCCGAAUGCAUUGAGGUUCUCCUGGAUCCCCAGCAUGAUGGUGGAAAGCGUGUUUAGGCCUGAGAUCACACGGGAAGCAAAGAGAAGCGAGAGCGAAAUACUACAGCUGCUUGACUUGCCUAAAGCUCUGUUUGAAAAGCUUCAAACGAGAACCUACGCUGAAGUGAUGGACGUACUCCAUGAAAAUAAAAAGCUCCUUGAGCUGCUUGAAGCUGUCAAGCCAAAGCAGAUGACGAUACAAACAUACCAGAGAGACAUCCAAAGAGAACAUCCACUUCUUGGAAUGCAGCACCUUGUUGAAUGUGUUUGUAUCGGGCAGACCGAGAAGAGACGCUACCUCUGCACUCUCUGCCACCUGACCUUGGCCGCCCACACGAUCGUCAAACAUGUCCUGAGCUUUGACCACAUCUUUUGUUACUUUCGAGCGUGGCACCCGUCGACUUUGCCGGCAAAGGAAACCUACAAGGAUUACACUCUGUCCUUUGCCUCCAUGAUGCUUAAUUUAGCAACGCAGGCGGAGCAGAUCCAUGGUCCUGCACUCGCUGACAUGACGCAAGUAAGACUGGAGCCCACCAAAUUCGAAUCACUGAAUUUCACUUCUUAUACAGAUGCUUUGAAGGAACUCGAAUCCAUAAGAAAGGAAAACAACGAGAGCAGCUUGAUUGCAAGAGUAACACCAGGAAACAAGUUGGUAGCUUUGAAGGAACUCAAAUCCAUAAAAAAGGAAAACAAGGAGAGCAGCUUGAUUAUAAGCUCGACGCCAGAAAACAAGUUCGAGUUUCCUUCUGAAUUGUACAAACUUCGCUGUCAGAACUGCAGCGUAAGCUUUCUGAACAUGUUGCACUAUUGCAGACAUUUGUCAAGCUACAAACACAAACUGCGGGUGUCGACAUAUUUUGGGGGAGGAGUUGAUAAGUCAGACCGAACAGAAUGGACACCCAGUCUGGACUUGUACAAGAACUUCAUCAAGAGCUUGUGGCGAAAUCAACCACUUGUUGGCGUUCCCCUGGUUGUGACGUGCAUCUGCUCUCAGGUGCAGGUGGACCCCAUUUACGUGUGCUUUGCUUGUCAGGACUGUUUCACUGAGUGUUCUCUCAGAGAGCACUUUCACUCUCGAAGACACAUCGUAAACACGUCGCUGUACCAGAAUCCCUGGAUGCUGACACUUGGGUGGAAGCAUCGUCUGGACAUAACAGACUUAAGUUCAAUGGCAUGGGAAGAACAGAAGGAAAAACAACAUCAGAUGGCACUGAAGAUUGUUGACAUGACCGUCAGCAUGAUUCAGAGCCUCCUCACACUUGAUUUCACAGACGUGGUGGAGCGGCUUAGUCUACAAGGCAUUGCCUUAGAACGUGAUGUUCCACCUUGUGAAACGUACAGUAAACUCAAAGAAAACGACAUAUUUCCUCUACUAGGAAGACAGUUCCUGGUCAUGCACGACAUGUGUGUCUCAGGGCAACAGCCCACAGCCGCAUUCCUGUGUCUGCUCUGUCAGAGGAAGUUGUCAGAGAAGGAUCAUUACGUUCACGAGUUCAGUCGGGAACACAUUGCAAAUUUUCUAGACAGUUUCCAUCCAGGCUCUCUGGAGUCGAGCACUGAUGACGAAAGCUUCUUGGACCUGGCAAAGCAGGCGGCACGCCAUCACUCCAGAUCACAUGUGCAGGUAUUGAAGUUGAUUAAGCCCAUCUUCGAGCCAUACCACUACUAUCGUGCAAUAUUCAUCCUGUCAUCUGCAAGAAAGGGAGUGUGGAAAGCAAAACUGGAUCCACAAAUAAUUCCACAAAUGAAGCUGGUCCCCAGAAAUAAACUGAAAGAUGAGGACAAGGACGAUGUGAGAGACAACGUUCAGAAAAACAGCCAGACGACUGAGUGUUUGGAAAAGACGAGUCAAACAUCUACAGACGACAGUGAGACGCCAUUUAAAAAACCUGUUGAAGUCGGUGCUGAAGUCCCUGAUGCACGCAGUCUGAAAAGUGAAGAAGGUGCAGAAAAGGUAGAUGAGACGGGAAGAGAGGCAAGUUCAGUAAUGAGAUCAGAGGAUACUCUGCUAAGUGAGACAUGCCAGGCGAUUAAGGAGGAGAUGGAAAUGUCGACAACGAGCAAACCCAAUGGGGAGUCCACAGAAAAUGACCAGAACACUGAGAGAAACGAAAGCGCUGAAGAUGUCUUGAUGCAGCAGAGGGAAAUCUCCCAGAAGGACACCUGUCCUGUGAAGGAUGCGAGGCAAGAAAAGAACCAUAACAAGCAGCAGCUCCCCUUGAAAGAAGAACCCCAAAACCUGCCGAUCAGCGGCCAAAAAGAGGUGACCACUCAUUCCAAGGGAGAAAGUGGAAAACCAAGUCGCAAGACGGCAAAGGACGACGCGUCCUGUAAGGUGGACCAGCAACAAGCACAUCAACUGUGGCAUUAUCUCAAGAGGAAGCGCAGAGAGCCUGUGGUCGGCUUGGGUGAACUUCUGGAAUGCAGUUGUGCAGACCAUGACCCCUUCUACCUCUGUAUAUGCUGCUCCCUGAAGAUCCAAGAGAAGGACAUCAUCAGCCAUGUUAUCGGAGUUGACCACCAGAAGAGGUCUCUGGUGGGCCUAAAGAAAAUCGCCCCUCCACCAGGGAUGCACCAGGGGAAGACGAUGAGACACUUUGCUUCCCUGUUUGAACGUGAACAUGGAUAUGGAGAGGCUCAGGUUGUUGAGCUGGAUGAUGAGAUUUACAAUAACCUCUCAAAACAAGACUUUGAUUCGGUCAUCCAGACAGUGAAAGCUCUCCAGGGUCAGCAGGACGGUGGCUGUGAACUCUCUUCAGCCUCAGUGCUGCCUUGUGUUCAACCUGUGGACACCAUAGUCCCCCUUCAUGCUCAAGACGAGGUCGAUUUUAUGAAGGACAACUACCAGGUGAUGAACAUGGAGAUUGAUUCAGGAGAGUCAAUGUUAACUUCAGUUACUACAUCCAUGUCUGUAAUGACUGAAACUCCCUCCAAUACAACCAAAGGCCCGUCUGACUCAAACGAAGUCCAUAUCAAAGCCUCAAAGUCACUCGGUCCGUCACCGAACACUCUUUCCAAAAGAAGUGACGGCAAAGCUGAAAUAAUUUCAAACACAACUGUGGGACCGAUUAAAAUGGCAACUACUUCCAAAGUGGUGGGGAGAUCUGAAACUGCAGCAUCUUCAGACUCCAAAUGUACAACCAAGUCUUCCAAUUCUACUCCAGCCGCCACCAAAUCAACAGCACCCAUCUCCAAACUGAAAGCCGCCACCUCCAGCUUCAUUACAGCUGACACCAAAUCAAAAAACACUGCUUCCAAAUGCACAGCAACCAUCUCCAUCAGCACUGCAACCACCUCCACAUCGAUUGACGCCAUCGCCAGGACGACCUCCACCACAUCUGUAACGGCGUCCAAAACACUGGAAAGCAAAACGAGACCUGCAACUAAAGUGGGAACGGCUUCAUGUAAAGCUGCCGCCCCCUCUAAAACCAAAUCCACAGCUGUGUCUGAAGCCUCCGCCAAGACUGCAGCUGGCUUCAACACGGAAAAGGCAUCCAAAUAUUCAGAGGGCAAAACUGUGAUUGCAUCUCACGAUGUGGGGAAAUCUUUUGCCACUGAUAAAAUGACUGAAACAUCAAUUGAAGGUCAAAAUAUAAAAGCCUCUGCUCAUAUGAAGAAUUCAGUCGAGUCAACCGCUGAUGUUGCACCAAAUACGCAUAAGAGUAAGGCACCUGCUGCGACCCACCUGACCAUCCCCAAAACUCCUGCAGAGCCGGCACUUAUCUGCACAAAUGAGAAGAGGCCAAGUGGAAGCUCUCUUAAAGUUGGCUUAAACCAGCUGAUUAAAGUGUCUUGUGGACGGAAGAAGCAAGUCUACUGUCAGCUGUGUUCAGCCCGGUUGCUGAAGUCCGACCACACAUACAGCUUUACCCACCAGCUGAACUAUGUGAAAAUGAAGUGCCCUCAAUGGUCUUGCCAUCCGUCGGAGAGGGAGAGCAAGUUGCAGCCGAUGGUGAUCCGCUUGGCUGCUGUUGAGGGAGAUAUCGGAUCCCCAUCCUUCCCGAUAGUGAAUGUGACAUUUGAUGUGUACAAAAAACUCGCUGAUCUCUCACCAGAAAAAGCUAUAGAAAUACUGAAGGCAAAAGUGGAAAGUGGCUUGGGGGUCUCAUACUCCACAACAUCCAUUCCUGAGAGUUUUAGACGUCAAGUUUCCAGUUCCGAUCAACAUGAAUCUUCCAGCCCAGAUGAUGAGAGUGAAUCCAGUUCAAAAGGGGAACGAUCUCUUGCCGCCUGCCAGUUCAACAGAGCUCACUGUGUGGAGACUUUAGUGCCUGAAGCCAAUGACCAGAUCCUAGACCAGCUAAAUUCAUGUUCGGCCUUGAAUAAAAAUGAGCCCAUCGGGAAUACUUGCGUAGCAGCAGCAAAAAUAGAGAAACCUCGGGGUUGUGCCCCUCCUCCUGCUACCGACGCCCAAACUCCUGAAUGCAAAGAGACUCCCGGGUGGAAACAACAACGAGAGAAAAGUCACCCAGAGAUACAGGACACACGGAAAGUGUUGAAAAGCUUUCAGAGAACAUCACCUGUAACGCUCUUCAUCCCGGACCAGCUCUCUUCUGCUGCCACAGUGAACACAAAAGAACAGAACCAACCAAGACUCAGCCAGAAAGCAGAAGAAGCUCUUCCAAAGAUUUUAAUAGGGGAAAGCACUAAUUGCUGCAGUCAUCUGUCCAUCUACUUAAAGGUGAUGGGAGACGACCAUGAACCAAUCAUAGGUAUGGAGUUUGUGUGGGAGUGUCGAGGGCCCUCCAUGGACCCAUUCUACCUGUGUGAGAGCUGCAAGGAGAUGUUUUCCUUUUCUGAAAUCAAUCGACACAUGAUCAGCACUGAUCACCAGAUCAACUUCAUUCGGGAUCGGAAAAGUAAAUUUCAGUUCUUCUUGGCAGAAGGUUAUCUGCUCAAACCCCCUGAUGUGUUUCUGGGGGAAUGGAGGAAAUUGGUUCUAAAGUACCUCGCCAUGUUGCUGUUUUUACAGGAGCGUUACGACCAGACAGAUGUUCAGCGUAUACUGCUGGGACCGGAGCUGUAUAAACGCGUUCGGACCGCUCCGUUCAGUAAAGCGUUAGAAAUAGUUAAAAACAUCAAGAAGGAGCAUAAACUGAGCGUCUCCUGUCAACCCAGCUGUACUCCACAAAGAAAGGUCCAGCUGCCGGAGGACCAACAGAGUCCAGAGGAAUCUCUCUGUAUGGAGGUGGACCAGAGAAGUGACACUGAGCAACCAGGGCCCAGACCCUCCGGCUCGCCGCACCAGAGGCCGUUGCCAGUGGAACAGGCAGCAGUGCGCCCAGAAUCCACAUCUGUGUCUACCAGCGAUCAACAUCUUCCAACCAGGAAAAGACCAGCUGUUGAAUCUAUUGAAACAUUGAUGGGAUAUUGCACCAAUUACCCCAACCUCAAGGAGCCCAUGCCAGCCAAACGUAAACCCACAUGCGAUGAGCUGCAGCCCAUCAUUCAGCCAAGCCGAGCUGCAGCCCAUCAUUCAGCCAAGCCCCGACUCGGUCCCUGA